CACCACCUUUGCUACCCUCGUCGCGUCACGGGGCUCCGGGGCCCGCCCUCCCUUGGCUCCUCCUUCCCGCUCCGUUUGCCCCCUCCUCUCUGUCCUCCUCCUCCUCCUCCUCCGACCGAGCGGCGGUGACUUAAGCAACGGAGCGCGGUGAAGCCCAUUUUUCUCCUGCUGCCUCAGCGCCGCGCCGGCGAGCCCGCGGCGCGCGGCCCCCCACCCACACAUACACACUCGCACACACACACGCACACACGCACACAGGCGCGCGCGGCUCCGAGAUGAACGCCGCGGCCGAAGCCGAGUUCAACAUCCUCCUGGCCACCGACUCGUACAAGGUUACUCACUAUAAACAGUAUCCACCCAACACAAGCAAAGUUUAUUCUUACUUUGAAUGCCGUGAAAAGAAGACAGAAAAUUCCAAAAUAAGGAAGGUGAAAUAUGAGGAAACAGUAUUUUAUGGAUUGCAGUACAUUCUUAAUAAGUACUUAAAAGGUAAAGUAGUGACCAAAGAGAAGAUCCAGGAAGCCAAAGAGGUGUACAAAGAACAUUUUCAAGAUGAUGUCUUUAAUGAAAAGGGAUGGAACUACAUUCUUGAGAAAUAUGAUGGACAUCUUCCAAUAGAAGUAAAAGCUGUUCCUGAGGGUUCUGUCAUUCCCAGAGGAAAUGUUCUCUUUACAGUGGAAAACACAGAUCCAGAGUGUUACUGGCUCACAAAUUGGAUUGAGACUAUUCUUGUUCAAUCCUGGUACCCAAUCACAGUGGCCACAAAUUCUAGAGAGCAGAAGAAAAUAUUGGCCAAAUACUUGUUAGAGACAUCUGGUAACUUAGAUGGCCUAGAAUACAAGUUACAUGAUUUUGGCUAUAGAGGAGUCUCUUCCCAGGAGACUGCUGGUAUAGGAGCAUCUGCUCAUUUGGUUAACUUCAAAGGAACAGAUACAGUAGCUGGAAUUGCUUUAAUUAAAAAAUACUAUGGAACAAAAGAUCCUGUUCCAGGUUAUUCUGUGCCAGCGGCAGAACACAGUACUAUAACAGCUUGGGGGAAAGAUCAUGAAAAAGAUGCUUUUGAACAUAUAGUAACACAGUUUUCAUCAGUGCCUGUAUCUGUGGUCAGCGAUAGCUAUGACAUUUAUAAUGCAUGUGAGAAAAUAUGGGGUGAAGAUCUAAGACAUUUAAUAGUUUCAAGAAGUACAGAGGCACCACUUAUAAUCAGACCUGAUUCUGGAAAUCCUCUUGACACUGUGUUAAAGGUUUUGGACAUUUUAGGCAAGAAGUUCCCUGUUACUGAGAACUCAAAGGGCUACAAGUUGCUGCCACCUUAUCUUAGAGUUAUUCAAGGGGAUGGAGUAGACAUUAAUACUUUACAAGAGAUUGUAGAAGGCAUGAAGCAGAAAAAAUGGAGUAUUGAAAAUGUUUCCUUCGGUUCUGGUGGAGCUUUGCUACAGAAGUUAACAAGAGAUCUCUUGAAUUGUUCCUUCAAGUGUAGUUAUGUUGUAACUAAUGGCCUUGGGAUUAAUGUCUUCAAGGACCCAGUUGCUGAUCCCAACAAAAGAUCAAAAAAGGGGCGGUUAUCUUUACAUAGGACACCAGCAGGAAAUUUUGUUACACUUGAGGAAGGAAAAGGAGACUUUGAAGAAUAUGGUCAUGAUCUUCUCCAUACUGUCUUCAAGAAUGGAAAAGUGACAAAAAGCUAUUCAUUUGAUGAAGUAAGAACAAAUGCAAAGCUGAAUAUUGAACUGGAAGCAGCACCUCAUUAGAUUUUGUUUUAUGACUGGGUAUGUGUGUGUGCGUAUGUAUGUGUUUACGUGCAUGUAUGCACGUAUACCUGUGUGUAUGUAAUACGUAAUGUUAAUUGUAAAGAUGUGUGUGGGGUUUCUUUGUGUUAUCGAUACAUUACAGCCAAAUUAUUUGUUGGUUUAUGGACAUACUGCCCUUCCAUUUUUUCCCUGUGUUUAGGUGAUUUCAAAUUAGGAAAUACACUUAACUAUGUAAAAGAUUAAUGCUGAAGCAAGCUUUUUAGGGCCCUUUGCCAAUAGAUAGUAAUUCAAUAUGGUAUUGAUCUUUUCGCAAAUAACAGAACUGAGAAACUUUUAUAUAUUACUGAAGAUCACAUAACACAGAUUUGCAUAAAAUUAUCAUGAUUGCUUUAUGUUUAUAUUUAACUUGUAUUUUUGUACAAACAAGAUUGUGUAAGAUAUAUUUAAAGUUUCAGUGAUUUAACUAACGGUCUUUCCAACUUUUCAUGAUUUUUAUGAGCACAGAAUUUCAAGAAAAUACUUGAAAAAUAAAUUACAUUGCCUUUUGUCCAUUAAUCAGCAAAUAAAACAUGGCCUUAACAAAGUUUUUUGUGUUGUUGUACAGUUUGAAAAUUAUGUCAGGAUAUAUCCUAUAGAAUUAACUAACCUCACUGCCCCUUGUAGAAUAUGUAUUAAUCAUUCUACAUUAAAGAAUUGAUAGUUCUUACUGGAAUGUCUAGGCACUGUACAGUGAUGAUAUACUUCGGUCAUUGUAUUGUACCAGUGAAAUGCCAAAUUUGAAAGGCCUGUACUGCAGUUUUGUAUGUCAGAUAUUGCCUGUGGCUCUAAUAUGCACCUCAAGAUUUUAAGGAGACAAUGUUUUUAGAGAGAAUUUCUGCUUCCACUACAGAGUAUAUACAUAAAUGUAAAAUAUUGACAAUAGUGGAAGUAGUGUAUUUUAAAGUAAUUACAGUCCUGAAUUUAUUUUUCCUAUUCUAUAGUUGAUAUGACUUAAAUGACUUACUGGAAUGGGUAGUGAGUGUAUUUACUUUAAUUGUUUUGAUUCUGUUAUAUUUUUCAUUAAGUUUUUUAAAAAUUAAAUUGAAUAUUAAAUUGUAUGGACAUCAUUUAUUAAUUUUAAACUGAGUCCCUCAAUAAAUGAAACUCGAGCAGUU